AUGGCAGUGGCCGAGGCUUGGUGUGCGCUGAAUGCACAGCUGACCAGUCACGGCCAUGAUGCCAUCAACCGGCUUGAUCUGGCAGGCUGUGGUGGUCGCAUGGCCAAGCUUACCGUGCUCUCCGAGUCGGCUACCCAUCAACUGGUGGACACGGUGAAGCAGAUUCUCGCGACUCGGACCGACCAAGCCGCCGUCAUAGCUCAACUGCAAGAGCAAAACACUCUCCUGCAGCAAGAUCUCGACAGGGGUCGAGCCCAGCAAGAUAACGCCGCCCAGUUGGCUCGCGACUACGAUGACGUGCAAGAGCGACUGAUGCACGAGCAGCGCCUGCGGGAUGCCGAGGCCCAACGGUUUGCCGCCCAGAUGCAGGCCAGGGAUGCAGCCAUGGUGCACCACGAGAGCAAAAUGAAAGCGGCCCAGCAACGCAUCGAUAGUAUCCGCACGGAGCGCGACCAGAUGCGUCAAUCGCAUGCUGAUCUCGUUGCUGAGCGCGAGCGACACCAAAAGCGCCUCGACCGUCUUUUUGAGGAGCUGCAGCACCGCAAGCUGCAUGCCAAAAGCGCCAUCGACCGACGUGUUCGCGACGUCAUUGACCUCUAUGAUGGUCGCCUGCGUCAGCUGCAGCAAGAGUUGCGUGUUGCCCGCGACGCUUUGGAUCGUCAGGCUUUGGCACCAUCCCCUUCGUCGAAUGUUGCACGUGACGCCGAUGACUCUGCCCGCUCAAUCGAUGCGCGUAUCGUGCACCUGCAGGCACAAGUCGACCACCAGAGUGAGCGUCGCCUGGCCCAAGAGCUCGCUUCCAUGUCCCAUGCCCUAGGCGCCGCCAAGGAUGACAAUGACCGCUUGCGCGCCGCGCUUCAUACUCGUGAUGAAGAAUUAAACAUGGCAAAGAUGCAGCUCGAGAGUCUCCCCUCCCCAACUGUUUGGCGCCAAACCCAAGCUCGCUUACGGCGCCUGGAGGCACGCCAGACACAGCAAGCCACAUCAAAUUCACCAUCCACCAAGAGUCCCGGAACCGGAAAAGAUGGGCGCGAACAUGACCCCCAAUACUAUCGCCUUCACCUUUACAAUCUGCGCUCGCUCUCCGCCUCGGCCGCGCGUCAGCAGCUGGAGCGCCUUUGCCGGAUCUGCGAAGUUGCCCCUUCACGCCUCGAAGCCACCCUGCGCCAAUGGACUUCCGUCAUGACGGCGUUGCCCGCUUAUCUUGCUCACAUGGCCAAGCUAUCUGCCGUCAUCAAUGCAUACCGGGAGGUUGUAGCCGGUCGUCAAGCCCACUUGGACCACGAUGCUCUGGACCAGGCCCUGCGUGCCGCCGACGAGCGUGGGACUCUGACUCUCAGCGACCUGCAGCCCUUGGAUGUGCCCCGGGCCGAUCCAGGCCUGGCUGGCAUCGUGGCGCGUGGUCUACACGAGCUCAUGGGACUUCGUGCCACCGUCUCCAGUUAUCAUGCUGCGCUCGGCCGCGUUGCUCAUAUUGUCGGCCUCGAUCCAGUCGCUGCCAACUCUCAAUACACCGAGGAGCAGCUCGAUGGUUUGCUUGCACAUGUCACCGAUCUGCGUGCCACGGCCAGCCAACUUGCAGCCGUACACGCACAUUGGACGCAAGCUGAGGCAGCAUUGGCGCAAGGUCCGGCACACCCCCAGGACAGCGCCGAUCGAGUACAAGCGACCCUUCGUCAUUGCAUGCAACUGCUCGGGGUCUCAUCUCUCUCGCAACUUGCCCCUGAAAUGUCCCGCUAUCACGCGGAAAGUCGAGCGUUGUACAAUUUGGUGCGCAUGUUACACGUUGAAUCUGGCUUUUUUCACUCCGCCUUUACGUCGCCCAUGGCAACCAUUGAGGCCGUGCUGGCUCAUCUACAGCAGCAUGGACAGUCGGGCACCAUUCUCGCCCGUCUCCAAGAGAUUGCGGCCUGUGCAAAUGCCGAGCAGCUGGUGCCACACUUGGAACACAUGACAACUGCCUUGGCAUCGACCAAAGCGCAGGCUGAGGAGUACCACCGCCAUUUGUUGGCGACUGCUGCGCUGGCUCAGCACAGCGCCAAAACCCAGCAGAAGCCCACGCGAGAGGUUGCUGCAGUCGCAACGUCGACUUCAACCUUGACCGUGGCUCCAACCCUGUUCACCAAGGCCAGCCAAACUGAUCGGGUUGCAGUGUGCUCGACAGCCGUGCAAACUGAAGUACCGUCGAUGCCUGAAUCUGUAGGCACGAAGGAUCUUUGUACAUCUGGCCCGGUGCUGCCCGCCUCCCCUGCAGAGACCGGCGAGGAGGUGCUGCGGUUUCACACGUCCGAUCUCGAUUCCACGCCAACCACUAAGGUCCACUCUACACCCCACGAGCGGCUGUCUCAUCUUUCGGCGCGCGACCAUAGCAGUGACCUGAGUCCUCUUAAUUCGCAGGCUUCCAGCGUGCAUCUGGCGAGCCGUGAGUGGCUAGCUCAUUCGCAGGGCAACACGCCCCAUAUGUCGGCGCUCUCGACCCCCGCCAGCAGUGUUGGCCUCGAGUCGGAUGAUCUGUUGACGGACGAACAAAGCGGCAGCAUCCAAAAAGACGAAGAGCGGCCGCCUAUUGCAACACCGGCAAUGGUCGGUGCACAGACUAGCCCGACUGAAGCCUCUUUGGAGGCAGAUCGGGGCGAUGACUUCACAGGCGAUAGCGCUCACAUGGCCGCAGACUUGGACGAUGACUUGCUUGCUCUCGAGGCCGAGUUGUUGAUGUCAGCUUCAGAGGCUACGGCCACCUCAGCACGGACGCCCACAACAACGACAGAUGGUCGUUCUUCGCGCCUUGCCGUUUUUGCAGAUGUUGAGCCUCCAGCCACGCCCACCACACGCGCAGUGGAACCUCGGCAGCAGACAUUAUCUCCUGUGGCGCAGCUGACCCGUGGAGAGCACGCAAUAAAUACCAGCAAGCAACGCUCGCUCCCCCAGAGCCCCUUGGUCCAGACCCUACGCCUCAACAAGCUAGCACCUGGAAGCGCCGCCAAACAGUCCCCACAUCCACUGAGCACUGUCACCAACAGUCAACAUAUCGCCCGUGGCCACACCACAAGUUCAGGCCAGCACAGUCACGAUCAGACAGAUGCCUCCCCAGCCAAGCUGGGCACCUUUCGCCUUCUUUCGCCGUUUGAUGUGUAA